AUGAGUCCAACUCCAUCAAAGUCAAACGAAGAUGUGUUCAUUGACUUGGCCAACAAAUUUGGAUUUCAGAGAGACUCGAUGAGGAACGUUUGCGAUCAUCUGAUGAUUCAACUUGAUGGCUUUGUUCAUGUCUCGCUCACAAGCCUUAUUGUGACCUUACACGCCGAUUACAUUGGUGGUGAACAUGCCAACUAUUGUAAAUGGUACUUUGCCGCUCAACUCGAUCUCGAUGAUGCAAUCGGCCAGACAUCUCAUGCUAUCCUCGGGUUGACCAAACCGGCAAAAAAAUUGAAAUCAGCCUCUGCCGAGUCAUUGGAAUCUGCUCAAACGCGCUGGCAACAGGCUAUGCCCAACAUGUCCUCUUACGAUCGCAUGCGUCAGAUAGCACUCUAUCUUCUUGUUUGGGGUGAAGCUGCCCAAUAUUGUUCUCCAGAAUGUCAAAAUCGGGUCGAACCUGUUCCGCAAGGUCUUUACUUACGGGCUGUGAUCAGGCCGCUUGAUCGAUUUUUCAGGGAUCAAGGAUAUGAAUUGAUUGAUGGCAUCUUCAUGCGAAGAGAACAAGAUCAUAUGGACAUCAUUGGAUACAAUGACAUCAAUUCACUGUUUUGA